AUGACAUCUGGUUCCCGAUUUCGCGUAACAGAAAGUACUUUUAAACUGCGCGACCGACAAAACCCCUUCUUCGCCUCUUCAAUGCCCUCCCCAUCCAUUAUCCCUCGUUAUUUCUCUCCGACUCGUGAUUCCUCUUCCUUUGACCACUAUUCCUCCCCAGAUUCAGAUCAGAUGAUCUUUGGUCCAAUCGACCUGGAGGAUGUUCCGCCCUACCAACAAUGGGACCCGUACACAGAUCUCGACGCAGACCCAAAGCCCGCCUAUAAUUUCACUCCCAUAAUCCCUAUGACAAACUACGAGUAUGGCCCUCAACUUUCACCAACAGACAGUCAUUCUAGUAGUUUCUACAGCACUGAUGGUAUCAAGUCACCCGAGGAUAGUAGUCUUUAUCUUUCCCACUGGAUUAAUGAUCCAGAACUCCCACCAUCGUCUCCCAUUCCAAUCCCUUCCCCAUCCGACACCCAACCAUCUUCUUCGUCUUCAUUUGUCGCUUACGGCGAGCACGUUCAUUUCUCAGCUGAUGGAACGUUUUCUCCAGCAUCCUUUGCUGCUUUGCAUCCCCUACCGGGAUCUAUGUCUCCCUCCUCUUCUUUUGAGGAUCUCCGGCCGAGUCGAAACAUUGUAGAUUCGGUUUCUCCUAGAGAUACAGCCCUCCAUACACCGUCUUGGGCUUCACAGCUCUGGGAAUCAGUUCCCAGCUCUCUCCGUUCUCCCUCUCACGUUCGCCCUUCAGUCCGUCACUCUCCCAUGACCGACGGCACGACAGUACGCCAACGUACUAUUUCUUUACGUCGAGGCUCUCUUUCAGCAGGGCAAAUAUUUCAAUCCUCCAGCGCACCAGCCAUGACUGACCCUCAUGCAUCGAGUAUGAAUCGAUCAUACAGCCGCAGGUCAGAGUCAGCAAGCGUAGCUGAUGAUCGUGAUGCAACUGUUCGGCGAAAGAAACGUUCACCGCCUACGGAGGAUAUUCCCGUCACCGAGAAACCGUCUGACAGCACCCUGAAGUCGGUUCUGCGUCCGCCAAAGCUGGCACCCUCCGCGUGGCAGCUAUACUUCACCGAUUGGAUACAACGCCAGCAAGCCUCUGGGACACGCAAAUUAAAUGUUGCUCAGGCAGCCAAGGAGGCCGGGCAAGAAUACGCGUGCCUCAGUGCCGCUGAGAAAGAGCCCUAUAAGCGGCGGUCACAGGCCGCGAAGGAGGCACGGGAGCGUGAGCUGAACGCUUACAUGCGAACUCUUACCCCGGAUGACAUCAAGCGGGAGAACGCUUUCCGUGCUGCCCAGCGUAAGGCUGGGAAGUCACGCAAGAGUAAUAUCAAGGACCCCAACGCCCCCAAGAAACCCCUCAGUGCCUACUUCAUGUUCCUGCAACGCAUCCGUGCCAAUCCCCAACUUGUUCGAGAAAUUUUCGGGGAGGAAACAGAGACGACCAAACAAAGUGUUCUUGCGGCUGCGAAAUGGCGGUCUAUGACUGACGGAGAACGACAGCCGUUUUUGGCGCAGGCAGAGCAGGAGAAGAUGGAGUAUGAAGCCGCAAGGCGUUUAUACGAGGAGGGAACAACUGGGUUCAAUUCAAGUAUCAAUUUCAGCAUCCUUCCUGGUAGCCCUGCUUUCCCGACCGUCAAGAUAGAGUCGGAGAGCGACGAGAACGACGAACUGACGUGGUCUCACGGUGAACAGGACCCAAACCGGUGA